AUGGUUGUGACAUUCACUAAGGAGCAGAUUGAUAGGUUUGGUGCAGUACUGAACGACACAAGCAAACCACUUAAAGCUCGAUUCCGUGCAUUAUUCAUAUUACGGAAUAUUGGUUGUGAUCUAUCUGUAAAAUGGAUUGCAAAUUCGCACGAUGAUCGUCUGCAACUGCUUCAGCACGAAACUGCAUAUUGUCGUGGUCAAAUGCAAAAUAAAACUGCGCAUACCAAACCCAUUGUUCGCCAUGAGGCUGGAGAAGCUCUUGGUGCUAUUGGCGACAUAUCAGCUCGAGAAGUUCUUGAGGAGUAUGUGAAGGACCUUUCACCAAGCAGUACACUUCUAGAUCCAACAUCGACGGCUUCUACUGAUAAUGUGACUGAGCUUGGUGCUACUCUUGUGGAUAAGUCUAAACCUCUAUGGGAUCGUUACAGCGCAAUGUUUAAAUUGAGGAAUAUCAACACAGAUGCAUCAAUAAAAGCGCUUGCUCAAGGACUUUACUGUGAAGACAGUGCACUGCUGCGGCAUGAGGUUGCCUACGUGCUAGGUCAGGCACAGUCUCCAGUGGCGAUCAAAGAAUUGGAAGACCGAUUAACCCUUCUCAGCAGUGAGCAGUGCAUUCUUACUCAUCCUCUGAAUAGGAUUGUGACGGAUUAUGUGUCUCUGACGAGACAUGUGGUAAUCUAUAAUAUCCCAGCAGUUUCAUUUCAUAUUAUACUGUUUCAGAACUGUAUGGUUCGACAUGAAUGUGCUGAAGCGCUUGGAGCUAUUGCCACUGAACAUUGCACGUCCUUAUUACAGAACUACGUCAGUGACGAAGAGGUAUCCUUUGCCCAGCACAUCACAUAG